UCAGAACGUAAUAUAAAGAGUAAAAAAAAAACAAAAGCAGCAUUUUUUUUCCCGAAUCGAAUGGAAUGGGAAUCUUGUGGGAAUCCAUUAAAAACCAUAGAGAAGAUAUCCAUCCAUCCAUGGCCGAUCUCAUCAGUGUCAACUUUAUUUCUAUUUCAAUUUCAAUUAUGAAGCACCUUCAAUGAUUUUAAGUGGGUUUAUAGUGUGGAAGUGAUCGUGUGGCGGCGCGGUCUUGGUGAUACGGCUCUUUGGUCGGUAGCACCAUGUUCAGCGGAACGGUGCGUGUAAAGGUGUGCGAGGCGACGGGCCUCCGACCGACCGACUUUCAGAAACGGCACAACAUGACCUUCGGGAAACCUGACGAUCAGCCGAUAGACCCGUACGUCUCGAUCGACGCCGACGAGCACCAUCUAGAUCGUUCAAGCACGAAACCCAAAACUUUUGACCCAGUUUGGAAUGAAACAUUUAUACAUGAAGUGCACAAUGUAACUAGUUUGGGUAUCACAGUGUUCCAUGAUGCUGCAAUACCUCCAGAUGAUUUUGUUGCAAACUGUACAAUUCCUUUUGAAGAUCUGAUGCACAGAGAUAAAGAGGCUACGGAUUUUUGGGUGGACCUAGAGCCACAGGGGAAAUUGCAUCUGAAAAUUGAUCUGAAAUGGAAUUCUCAAGCCGGGGGCGGGUCGGAGGGUCGUUCGGCGCGGGGGCGCGAGUUCAAGGAGGGUGCGGGGUUCGCGCGGCGUCGUGGCGCGCUGCGUCGCCGCGUGCAUCAAGUCAAUGGACACAAAUUUAUGGCGACUUUUCUACGACAGCCGACGUUUUGUAGCCAUUGUCGGGAGUUUAUAUGGGGUCUCGGCAAGCAAGGCUAUCAAUGUCAAGUUUGUACUUGUGUGGUUCAUAAGAGAUGUCACUCAUCGGUAGUCACCAAGUGUCCUGGCAUGAAAGAGGAGCAACAAAGCGGAGUGACAGUGUCCAGUGGUCAGCGCUUCAAUGUGAAUGUACCACAUCGGUUUGUAGUCCACUCAUACAAGCGCUUCACAUUCUGUGACCACUGCGGCUCUUUGCUGUACGGACUUAUAAAGCAGGGAUUGCAAUGUGAAGUAUGCUCUAUGAACGUACACAAGCGGUGCCAGAAGAAUGUUGCCAACAACUGCGGCAUCAACACCAAGCAGAUGGCGGAGAUCCUCAACGAGAUGGGCAUCUCCCCUGAUAAGAAUCCUCGCCCCAGACCAUCAAAGUAUUUGAACACAGCUUUGCUCGAGGGUCCACCAGAUUUGGGUUCUUCUGGUGACUCUGAUGGCAAAGAUAAUGAGAAGCAUGACGAUAAAGGUCACCCGGUGGCAUGGGGCCCGAACUGGGCCGAGCUACAGGAUAUAUUCGCCUCUUACCAAGGCACGGAUAACACACCGAAUGUUUUGGAUAACUGUCUUAUACAAGAAAAUGAUACGUCUUGGCGCUCGCAUUGGGACGAUCUUGAAGAAAUAUUCACCUUUUAUGAAGGUGGUGAUGGUGAUGGUGCGGAGGGCAGCAUGCACGGCAAGGUUUCUCUCGAAGACUUUCACUUCAUUAAGGUGCUGGGCAAGGGAUCCUUUGGCAAGGUUAUGCUCGCGGAGAAGAAGGGCACGGAUGAAGUGUACGCAGUGAAAGUGUUAAAGAAGGACGCGAUAAUCCAAGACGACGACGUGGAGUGCACGCUGACGGAGCGGCGCGUGCUGGCGCUGGCGGCGCGCCAUCCCUUCCUCACGGCGCUGCACUGCGCCUUCCAGACACGGGAGCGCCUCUUCUUCGUCAUGGAGUACGUGGAUGGAGGGGAUCUCAUGUUCCAGAUACAGCGAGCUAGGAAGUUCGAUGAGCCUAGAGCUAGAUUCUACGCGGCGGAGGUGACGUUGGCGCUGCAGUUCCUGCACUCGCAUGGUGUCAUCUACCGCGACCUGAAGCUGGACAACAUCCUGCUGGACAGCGAGGGUCACUGCAAGCUGGCUGACUUCGGCAUGUGCAAGGAAGGGAUUAUAGAUGGUGCAACUACAACUACAUUCUGUGGAACUCCAGAUUAUAUCGCACCAGAGAUUCUUCAAGAGCUGGAGUACGGUCCGUCAGUAGACUGGUGGGCGCUGGGCGUGCUGCUUUACGAGAUGUUAGCUGGACAGCCUCCCUUUGAAGCGGAUAAUGAGGACGACCUCUUCGAAAGCAUCCUUCAUGAUGAUGUCCUCUACCCUGUCUGGCUUUCCAAAGACGCUGUCUCUAUACUUAAAGGUUUCAUGACGAAGAGCCCCGUGCGUCGUCUCGGCGUGGCUGGCGGCGCGGCGGGUAUCCGCGCACACGCCUUCUUCCGCGAUAUGGACUGGGAUGCACUCGCACAACGACGUCUGCGCCCCCCAUUCAGACCUAAAGUCAAGAGCAAGCGCGAGGCGGCCAACUUCGACGCGGAGUUUACCAAGGAGGACCCCGUGCUGACGCCGGUGCCGGCCGACGUGGUCCGUGCUAUCAACCAGGAGGAGUUCAGAGGAUUCUCGUUCAUCAACAAGGACUACAACCCACAGCCCGCCGAUAAAACGCCGGUCGCCUGAACGUGUCGGGCGCGGCGCGCCGGCGGUGACGUCAACGGCGUCAACAGUGACGUCAUCAGCGUCAACAGUGACGCCGCCGGCAGUGAUCGCUCGAACGGGGGCGGAGUUCCUCCCAGUGACGUCAUCGGAAGUGACCGCCCUCGUGACGUCAUCGCGUGCGCCGUCAGUGCCAUAGUUCGCGGUCCCGUUGUCGUUCCGACGACUGAGGUUUAUUUUAUUUUAUAUAUUGAUUUUAAGUGCAAUGCCAACAACUGUCUAGUCAUGACGAGAUAACCGUACGAACGGUUUUUUUUUUAUUCGCGACGCGUCGUCGAUCGAAGUAUUAUUUUUUUGUCUGUUUAUUUUUUAAUUAAUGAUCUUGUAUCUUUCUCUAGUGUUUAGAUUAGGGUAGGUUCGAACGUCAUUAGUUUCACUGCUUCGGAUUAGGGCUAGACCGAAGUAUGGUUUAAAAAAAACCUGAACCGUUUCGACCGCCAUUUAGAUGUAGGCCGUGCAGUCUGGUUAUAUCUUAGCUAUUCAUGAAAGUCUUCACAUGUUUGCUGAAAACGCGACCUACCUCAAGCGAAAUUUAAUUCAAAUGCGCUUUACGCGUGAACUUGCUUUUUGACAUCUGUCAAAGUGACAUCAGUGUUGUCAUUUUUUUUUUAAAUUACUGGAAUGGUAAAGGCAUUUUUAUGGACCAACCAAAUAGAAUCCGGAACAAUGAUUAAACGUAACGCCCUCGGUUAUAUUUAAAUAAUUGUUACAUAAAUGCAGAAUAAUGCAUAUUUAAAUCGCAGAUCAGGUUUGUUGUAGGAUACUGUGCCUUGAUUUUAUAAAAAUCUUUAUGAAAUAGGUGAAUUGUUAAAAUAUGACCUUGUUAUUUAGUUAUGCCUUAAUCAUUAUUUUAGACAAGAAAUAAAUAUCAAAGGAUACCCAUAACAUUGUUAUUGUUAAGAGAAAAGAGAAUUCUCUUUUUAAGUCUUCGUUGAAAGAUGUCAAAAAGUGACAGUUCAGGCACACAGCGGCACUACCUCGUUACAGAUUAUAAAUUGGCCAAAAUAACUAACGAAAUGAUAUGAUAUCUUAUGAGAUUCUGUCCAGGAGAAAUACUAGCCAGCAAAUUGUACCAGACUUGUGAUAGACGCUUUUAUACAUUUACAAUAUGAGUCAACACAAAUAUUAAGGAAAAUAUAUUAUAUGUUGAAGGAAUAAGAAUGAAUUUAGUAUAAACGCAAGAGUAUAUGUAUGUUUGGGGGCUAAAGAGUUCACUAUCACGCGGAUUUAAAUAAGAAAAACGAAAAAAAAAAUAAUAAAAAAAAGAUCAAGCUUGUUGAUAAUAUUUUCCCUCGAGAUUUCCUUAUUAAUAUUUAAAUUUGAAAAGGUUAGAGCAAUUAUUGUUGUAAAUAUUAAAAGGAUGACAGAUCCGUGGCGUGGUGUUGCCAGUUUAGGGUGUGUGGUUUAUUUUUUUCGUAUGGCAACCUUAUAAGCUGGCAACACAGCUCUCAAAGGGUGGGCGGAAUAAGUAAACCCCAUUCGUUAGUAGUGUUAUUGUAAUUCGUGUGCGUGCCAUCGCGAGUGUCACAAAGAGGGGAGAGAAAAGGGGGUUCGCUGAGCAUUCUUUACAAUAUGGUUUCAGGUUACUUCAUUAGUUUGUUAGUAUAUAGGAAUAGGAUAUACGAUAUCGUAGCCGUGAGAGUUGUAGGUGUUAGGUAUUGAAUCGUGCCCCGAAAAAAUAGUACAAUUGAGACCAAUAUUAAUUUUCGCCUUACGAUUUUAAUCGAUAUGUAAAAGAUCUGUUAAUAGUAUAUAAUAGUAUCAGGUAUAGUUCGGUAUUGUUGCUUCCGAUCGGCCAGAUAGGGUACAAAUAGUGCAAAUUCUUGAGGAAUCUUUUGAUAGAUCUGUUUUUUGUCUCCGGUUUUGUUGAUUUCUCAAUAACAUCUCGCUAGUGUCAAAAUUUAUUCUAGCUAUAAUUGUUAUAUUGUCCGUGUUGAGUUUAUAUGAAAAUUUUACAAGCAAAGUUGUUCUGUAUGUCCCAAUACAAUAUUAAGGUACCAUAGACUAUAUUUGUUUAAACGGUGUUGUAAAUCGUAUUCCUAUUUAAUGCUUUUUGUCAUUAAUUUAUUGAUGGCAAGGUGCUUUAAUAUUUUAUAGGAACGGUGUUACAAGUUACGUAUGGGCGGAGGUUGCCAGUACUAAAAAAUCUGUAAUAAAAUAUGAAAGUGAAUGUUUUAUACAGGCUUUUUGUUAGUGGAAACUCUCCAUAAGGGUGUUUAUCUCACCAAUUAGUUGGUUCCUAGUUAUAUGUUUAUACCCGCUUCUAGUCUUGCGUUGUACGAUAAAGUAUUUAUUAUUGCUAAGCAUUUCGUGUCUUAAUACUCACUGUUAAGUUUCGUUUCACGCUUGCGUUCAUUUGAUGAAUCUGUUUAAUCUGUGUCGUUUUGACAGCUGUCAACUUUUGCGCGACGGAAGUAUCGUUGGUCGUAAAUCUUGACAGCUGUCAGAUAACAAAAU